UUCUUUCCCUCUUCCCUUGUCUUCUCUUCUCUUCUCUUCUCUUCAUGGCUUGUCAGGUCCGUACACCCUUCCUAUACGUCGUCGCUUCAAUUGCCUUUUGCCUUGUCUUCUACCACCACUACCUCCGCCACGCCAUCGCCUCCUCCUCCCUCCAGCUCUCCCCCUCCGCCACCUCCAAUUAUGUAAUCACCCACACCCUCACCACCCCAUCCAUCGCCGUCGCCCCCGCUCCCGCUCCCGCUCCCAGUUAUGCUAUUAGAGAGAACCUCCCCGCCGCCGCCCCCCCUAAUUAUGCUAUCAUUGACAACCUGACAGCCGUUCAUUACGUAAAUUCCCCACCCCCUUUGCCACCAUCUCCAAUCUCCACCACCUCGAUUCUCCUGCCGGGCUGGGAGGUUUUCGUCAUUGUCCCCCGGAGGGAAAAUUCAUCAGAUCCCAAUGGUGAUUUCUGUGUCUUCGAAAACAAUGAGGUAUCUCCGGCGAAAUAUUUCGGCCGGUUGCCUUUUCCUGAUCGAGCGACUUUUAUUUGCCCUCUCCCGCUGCAUGCUCGACGGAGGCUUCCAUUCAAGCAACCGCUGUUGACAAAGUCGCCGAUGCAUCCGCCGGAGACAAACGGCUUCUCAUGGCCGCUGCUCUCGCAGUGGUCCCAUCUGGUGUACGAUUCGCUGACCACCAACGACGACGUCGUAUUAUUCGUCAAGGGCGUCAACAUUCACCAGGGAACCAACCGGAAGCCGAGCGAACUCCGGUGUGUGUUUGGCGACGACGCCUCUAACGGCGUUAGGACAGCCGUCACUACCUCCAUGCAGGAGGUCUUCCGCUGUCCUCGGCCCGAACAAACUGCGGUACCCCCAGUCGGCGGCGAAGCGGAGCCAAUCAAAGUCUCCUUAGAAAUCGUCACGGAAAACAAGGUGGUUCCAUCCGUAGCCUACUACACACCCCCGCGCAGGUUAGAAUCCAAGAAAGGUAAAUCCCUACUGUGCGCCAACACCAUGGUUAACAAUGUGGCCAAGUUCUUGAGGGAAUGGGUCAUUUACCAUUCCAAAAUAGGGGUUGAGAAAUUCUUGCUAUAUGAUAAUGGAAGUGAUGAUGAUUUGCAACAAGUUGUGGAGGAGCUUGUAAAAGAGGGUUUUGAUAUCAUAACUUAUUUUUGGGCAUGGCCAAAAACACAAGAGGCUGGUUUUUCACAUGCUGCCAUUUAUGCUAAAGAAGUUUGUACAUGGAUCAUAUACAUCGAUGUCGAUGAAUUCGUGUACAGGUCAUCGUGGGAUAACUUGCCAAAACCCUCGACAUCCUUGUUACAAUCACUACUAGCAAGAAAUUCUUCGAAACUAGGGCAACUCAGCAUCAAUUGUCGUGAAUUUGGUCCGUCCGAGCAAAGGGUUCAUCCGGUGAUGGGUGUGACACAGGGGUACCAUUGUAGGCGAAGACACCACAACCGGCAUAAGUCCAUAGUGCUAUUGGAUGCAAUCGACGAUUCAUUACUUAAUGUGGUGCAUCACUUUAGGUUGAGGCGGGGCUACAAGACCAAGAGAUUUGUUAGCAACCAUAUCGUGGUGAAUCACUACAAGUAUCAAGCGUGGCCGGAGUUUAGGGCUAAGUUUAGGAGGCGCGUAUCGGCUUAUGUCCUCGACUGGACUCAAAAGUUGAACCCUAAGUCCCAUGAUCGGGCGCCCGGACUAGGGUUUUCAGCAGUUGAGCCGGAUGGGUGGGCUCAGAAGUUCUGUGAGGUACAUGAUCAUGGAUUGAAGGACUUGGCAAGGAAGUGGUUCGGAAUGGAAUCGGGAUCGGGUUACAAAAUGGCUUGGCAAAGAUGAUAAUUCUUUUGAAACCCUAGGGAUUGCACAUAUAUAUACAUACAAUUAUUAAUUUGUGUGAUUCAGUAUUGAUUGUUAUAUAUAUUGGUUGAUGAGAGGGUUGUGAUGGUAGGGGAACAGAAGUGGUUAUAUAUUGACAUAGAUUACGGAUGUACAAAUGAUA